AUGAGGUUCAGAGAGGAGAAAGAGGCAAAGAAAGAAGCUUUCAGGAAGUAUUUAGAGUCCAGUGGAGUUCUUGAUUCUCUCACCAAAGUUCUGGUUUCUUUGUAUGAGCAGAAUGACAAGCCUUCCUCUGCUUUAGAAUUCAUUCAACAAAAGCUAGGUGGUCCAUCUGUCUCUGAGUAUGAGAAGCUUCAAGCUGAGAAGUCUGAUCUUCAAAUAAAAUACAAUGAGCUUUUGGCUAAACAUCAGGAAACUCUCAGAGAGUUAGAUGGAAUGAAGAGCUUGCAUUCAAGAAACCCUUGGAAAGAAGAUGAAGACAGAGAGGCCACUGAAGACGAACACACAACCCUUGUGACUCCUCCUCCUCACCACUAA